GGCACGUUACGAUCGGGGAGGAGUGAGAGGAAAUGCGCUAUCAAGUAGGCGCGCUGACACACAGUCACGCAGCACAUUGCGUUCCUGCAAAGAGAUGACGUCGAGUUCAUAACCAAGCGCCGUCGAUCUACGUAGCUUGCGGCUUCGUUAUGUUGAAGUUCAACGAUCAUGUGCGGGAUUUCGUUAAAGAUGUCAACACAUUCCUGAGCGUAGAUUUGCACAAUGAGACGCUGUCGCCAGCCGCGUCGUCGGCGAAAACGGAACUUCAGCAGAAACUGCAGCGGCUGUGUCAGGAGUAUCCGCGCCUCCUGCUAUCCCUCGACAUUACGUGCGCCGAGCAAAUGCAAGGAUGGAAGCUUCCUCGCCCCCUGUCCAGCCCGCACCCUUACAUCGACAUGCAGGUUGGAGGUGUGCUGGCUGCGCCGCGGGAUGUUCCAGUGGAGAAGUCGUCCAACGCUGACGAUUCAAGCAACGAUUACGUUUACUCCGAGGCUGUACUGACGGACGACGCCCCAGGGGAAGUCGCUGAACCAGCAGGUGCAAAAACAUCGAAAUCGGGUCUAUCGAGGACGUCAUCAGAGCUUGAAGAACUGGCUGAGGAUGGCCCCCUUAUUGACAUUCCAGCAAGUGAGAUGUCCAAGGCUGACAAGACAGGGUUCCUUGAGAAAAAAGGAAAAGAGAGACUGGGAGGCCUGCUUAGCCCAUUUCAAAAGCGCUGGUGUGCUGUUCGUGAUGGCUACCUCUUUCUGUACGAGAAGCCAACUGAUAAGCGUCAAAAGGGGCAGAUAGCACUGGACAUGUAUGAGGCACGGCCUUUUGUGUACGCCUCCAAAGAUGCUUCCAAGAAGGACGCUGCCUUUGAAAUCGUCUGUCCUGGGAAGAAAACUUAUCAGUUCAUCGCUUUCAACAUGAAAGACAUGAAGCAGUGGAUUUCAGCCAUUGAAAAGAACAGCCAAAUUUCUUCACCCAUCUCAUCUGGUGAUUUGCCCCAAGAAAAUCCUGCGGAUGUGCAACAGCCAGCUACCCAGCCACCUGCACGCAAGUUGUCUUUGCCGAACCCUCGUCAGGAGCUUCCACGUGUGCCACCUGCACCAAUCUCGUCUGAAGCAGACAGAGAGCUUGAGUAUGAGUACGUCGAACGCCCGCCAACCAUACCUGCUCCGCCAGAAGAAGAAGAGCCUCUUUAUGAAGACGGAGAAAGCUAUUUCUCGGACGACACGAAGACAAGCAGCCAGACAGAUGAGGAAGUGACAAGCGACUACGAAAGCUGGUACCAGGCUAUCUGGGAUUGCCACGCCGGACAACCUGAUGAACUUUCCUUUAAACGUGGUGACUUGCUAAAAGUUGUCAGCAAAGAGUAUGAUGAACACUCUUGGUGGGUCGCCCAGCCACGUGGCAACAAGGGAUCUGUGGGCUUUGUGCCAAAGACAUAUCUCAUGGCAGCCUAUGAGAAAGUGCAGUGAUGUUCUCAUAGAUGAUCAGGCUGUAUUUUCAUCACAUUUGUUGGGAUGCUGAAGUGAGUGUGAAGUGUGAUGUGUGACGAGAAUGACUUUACAUGCUUUUUCUAUGCACAGAGUAGUAAUAGCGAUUGUCAUAGAAAUAAAAAGAUUAACCAAGUUUUACAUAGUGGUAAUAAGAGUGAUCAGAUCCAUUAGAAUCAAAUUAUCAGUAACGAAUAAAACUUAGUGUUCGAGCUUUCUUUUUUUUUGCUAGCUGUGGGUGUGAUUGCCUUACCUUCUCUAUUGAUUUAUUUCGCGUGCCUUCAAUCGUUACAUCAUUAAAGAGAGGAGUGUGGUACAUGCUUAAAACAAUAGCAAGGGUUAUUAUAAAGUUAUAUAAUGCUAGCAAUGAGUCACUAGACAUAAUCAUUGAAUAAAAUGAUUGCAAGAAUACUUGGAAAUAAAUGGAGUGGCAUACACAAUGAGGAUCAGAAUAAAAAAACCAGAAAAUGUUUAUUUGUAAGAAAAGAACAGUGGGGCCACAUGGUAUUGUAACAACUGACUUGAAAAUAACAAAGUUCCUUAAGUGUUCAAAUGUAACAAUAUCGGUUGGAAUGUUGUUCUAGUUGUUCAUCAUAAGUAGAAUAAAUAAUGUGUCCGUAUGACAAAAGAUGCAUACUUUACGACAGUAACUAAGUUGCGAUGACAUAAGCAGGUGCUAAAAUGAACUCGCUGCAAUGAUAUGGUCAAAGGAUAUAGUCUUGGAGAGGUACGGAGAGCAACCAACCAGUGUGGAAAGACAACAUUUGAGAAUUUCUUGAAUGUGAAUAUGCGGUAACGUUUUAGUGACAGAGCUUUAGUGACAGAGUGCCACCAGGGAGAGGGCCUGGAACACUAGCCCAACGCCUAUAGUAGGACAAUUGAUUAGAUGUACUCAAAUCACCCGUAACUGGAAAGAAUGUUUCAGCUCACUGUAAGGAGGAGUAACAUGCAAUUGAUGCAUUACAGCCCGAUUCAUGAAAAAAAAAAAAGAACUUAAAAUACCCAUGUUUCUUUUCCAUCGGGCUAUGGUCUGCUAUGGUGGAUAGCUCUGGUAGUGUAGCUAAAGCCCCUUGCUUCAUUGUGGCCCUGGCGACAGUUCGGCUACAGAGCGAAUAAGUUGUGUGCAUGUCUUCGUUUGCAAGCUGUUCUAGUAGGACGGCGGUCAUAAAUACGCCAAUGAUGUGCUGACUUACGAAGCAGGAUUUUAUAGCAUGAAAGGUUUCUGAAAGAACGUUAUUUUAAACAACACUUGUUGUUUACAAAACUUAUUACUUGCCUUUCACAUACCCUUCUAGCAAGAGUCAUUCGUUUCCUCAGACAAAGAAUUUUCAACUGUUCUUUUCCAUUUAAUGGCCUGUAAACUAGCUCAGACUUAUUUUUUCAUUAUACCUCCUAGGGGUGUAAAAAAAAUUAUAUGGCAGUCAUAUUUUGGGACUUCAUUUUGUGUUCUAUAUAUAUAAAAAUAUUGUGCUUCAAUGUGAAUUUGUUGUGGGUGUUAAUUUAACUUAAAUGGUAAGCCUAUGAAUACCAUUUAAACACAUCAUAUUUCUUGGUUAUAUCAAUGUGCUGUCCAAUUGUAAAAGUUUCAUUGUGGGUUUUGUUAGGACCAAAAAAGUAAGGUUAUAGCCUUUGAAAAUGUUUCAUUUUUCAAUUUUUAACAUUCGUCCAAUUCGAAUAAAAUUCAUUGUUGGUUUUAGUUUGACUAAAAAGGUCAGAGGCCUUUGGAAAUCUUGCAUUUUUGGAUAUUUGGAUGCUUUGUCCAGUUUUAAUAAAAUUCGUUGUAGGUUUACGCCUGUAUACUGUAAACAUCCAGACAUGUAUGCUGUAUUUUGCAAACCUUUUUUUUUCUUUUGUUUGCUUACCAUUGAUAAUAAUGAUCAUGUUAUUGAUGCUUUUACCCCAACCUCUUGAGUAAUACCCUGAAAAGGGUCUUUUAGUGUAAAUAAAUGAUGUUGAUAUGACCAAAAA